UGCGUUUCCGGUGAAAGGUGCCACCCAAUGACCGUCCGUCUUUUUCCCCCUGACUGCUGCUGUGCUCUCUGACCCCAGUGGCAGCACACGUUCAUUGCACUCGUCUCUCUCGGGCUCCCCCUCUUCCCACGUCGAUGCUGUUCUCUCUCCUGACUCCUUCCUUCCUCGUCUGUCGCAUUUCGGUGAGAGAGCGCUAGAGGAGAGAGACCCCGGGGGUCGAAGGUUCUGCCCUGGCCGCCGCGACCUCAACCCCUCACGGCUUCCGAAAUAUCCUAUGACCGUCGUCUUGCGGACAACCCUGAGUGGUUUUGGGCCAAAAGAGAAGAUCCAAGCCUUGGGACUAAAGGAUGCUUGCUCACCGGAUCUGCACUGCACCGCUGUGAUCUGCUCAUGCCCCAUCCAGAGGUGCCAUGGCUCGCAGAAUAUCCUCCCAGGGGAAGGUCACCAUCUCCUUGGAUGAGUACAGCUCCAACCCAACCCAGGCCUUCACCCACUACAACAUCAACCAAAGCCGCUUCCAGCCCCCUCAUGUCCACAUGGUAGAGCCACUUCCCUACGAUGCGCCGAAUCCUGUGGGUCAUACACGUUUCGUCUGCGUCUCAGACACACACUCAAGAACAGAUGGAAUCCAGAUGCCUUUCGGCGAUGUGUUGCUUCACACAGGUGACUUCACUGAACUUGGUCUACCAACUGAAGUGAAGAAGUUUAAUGACUGGUUGGGCAGUCUUCCCUACGAAUACAAAGUUGUCAUCGCUGGAAAUCAUGAACUUACCUUUGAUAAAGAUUUUAUGGCGGAACUCGUAAAGCAGGAUUACUACCGUUUCCCCUCAGUGUCCAAGCUGAGAACUGAGGACUUUGACGAUGUUCAGUCCCUCCUUACAAACUGUGUGUACUUACAGGACUCUGAGGUCACCAUUAAAGGAUUCAGGAUAUACGGGACUCCAUGGACCCCGUGGUUUAAUGGAUGGGGGUUUAACUUACCUCGUGGCCAGUCUCUCCUCGAUAAGUGGAACCAGAUCCCUGAAGAUGUAGAUAUUCUUAUGACACAUGGGCCUCCUCUGGGGUUCAGAGAUUGGGUCCCAAAAGAACUUCAGAGAGUUGGCUGCGUGGAACUACUCAACACAGUACAAAAGAGGGUCCGACCCAAACUCCACGCAUAUGGGGGAAUACAUGAAGGGUAUGGUAUAAUGACAGAUGGCUAUACAACAUUUAUCAACUCCUCCACAUGUACAGUCAGCUUCCAGCCUACCAAUCCACCAAUCGUAUUUGAUCUCCCCAACCCAGGAAACUCCUGAGACUCAUUAAACCCCACCCCUUUUUCUACAUAACUUUUCCUUACUUAAAAGUAAUAGUCUUUUUGUACUGCUUGUAUUUAAAAAUGCAUGGAAAUGUAAUAUUUCUUUUUUUUAAGUCGGAUUGAAGCCGACACCAUUUGAAUGACUUGAGAAUCAACUAUUGUAGGUAAAUAAUAAUUUGUGAAUUCAUAUUUGUAAUUUGUUUGCAUCAGUUGCCUUCCGUUUUAUUUUUUAUUGGUCAGGAUCUUAAAAAGUGGAUUCUAAAGGUACUCCCAAAAGUUUCAGCAAUACUUGACCAUGUCUGAUUUAAUAUUAAUUGUGCUUUGUAAAUUUAAUAUAAACUUAUUCAUAGUUA